AUUUUGCAUUUCCAGGGAGGAGAACUGUUUGUAAGCAAAACAGUUCUCCUCCCUUUCAGCUGUUCACACUGCUUUGGAUGGCUGUGCAGCACAGCCAUGCAAAGCAGUGUGAUUACAGUGAAGCACACAGACACAGCUUAUGGUGAAACAGCACACAGCACACAGUUAACUCUUUGAUCGCCCCUCAUGUUAACUCCUUCCUGCCCAGUGCCAUUAGUACAGUGUCAGUGCUUUUUUUUUAGCAUCAGUCACUGUAUUGGUGUCACUGGGGAGGUCAGUAACACCAAGUCAGUUCCCCCCAGUGUCAGGAUGCCUGCCGCAGUUCCGCUAUAA